GCUGCCCUCCCUUGGCCGCCAGCCUUUUGACAGGCAACUGCAGCCGCCUGGUGCAGUCGCGGCAGCAAGGAGCCCGGGCUGAGAGGCUCCACGAACCGGCCGCCUCCCUCGCUCCCUCCCGCCUCUCUCUCUCUCUCUCUCUCUGGCUGCUGGCAGGAGGAGGGAGACCUUCGGCCUCGGAGGCAGCGGAGUCUGUCUGGGCCUAAGGCUGCCCGGGCAAGGGAGCCAGCCCGCCAGCCUCUCCGGGCAGUCCACAUGGCAGGCGGCGAAGGCAGAGCCUAGAUCCCGGUGUACCUCUGGGACCUGCAAUGACAAGUCUGAAUAUUAGCCAUGCAGAGAAAACCAGUGAAAUGUCCUCAAAGCAGCCAGCGCCAAAAGUGCAGGUUCAGCGAUCCAUUUCCCGAGAAACCAUCACCAUUCAUUUCUCGGCAUUUGGGAAGGAGGAGGAAGAGGAGGAGGAAGAAGAAAAGUGUACGGAGAGUCCUCCUGAGACACCCGAUGACCAAAGCAUUGUCACUGCACUUGAAGCUAAGGAAGACCUAUGCUUUGAUCAUGGUGAGCAAAAUUCUUUUGUUCCCACUACCUCGCUUUUUGUGGCUGCAUCUCCCACGGUUCUGCCAACUGUGAAACCCUUGGAGUCCCAAGGGUUUGGUGCGGUGCCAUUGGCUGCAUCACCCUCCUCAGAUUUGGGCCAAGCCCCUAGCCCACUUGGUGUGGCAUUGCCUUCAGAACUGAGAACCAGCCUUUCAUCUUCUCCUCUGUGCUCCCCGUCCAAGUCACAUGUCUUGUCUAGCACGCCAACCACUGUGACUAGCUCAAAGCCUUUCAUGAGCUUAGUCAAAUCCCUUUCCACAGACAUUGAACCAAAAGAGCCAUCUCUACCCACGAGACAUAGACAGUUAAUGAAAACUCUGGUGAAGUCUCUGUCCACAGACACUUCUAAGCAGGAGCCUGAAACAGUGUCGUUCAAACUACCCGACUCCAAAUUGAACUUGCACCUCUUCAAACAGUUCACCCAGCCUCAAAGCACAGGUAGCGAUUCGAAAACAGCUCCCUCAUCUCCUUUGACGUCUCCAGACACUCGCUCCUUUUUUAAAGUACCUGAAAUGGAAGCCAAAAUUGAGAACACAAAGAGGCGGUUUUCAGAAGUGAUUUAUGAGCCUUUUCAGCUCUUCAGCAAAAGAAUGAGUGAUGAGAGUAGCAGCCACAAGCCCAAAGCUUUAUCUUCAAGUGCUUCAGAACUGUCCAAUCUCUCCAGCUUGAAUGGCCAUUUGGAAAGCAAUAAUAACUAUAGUAUAAAGGAAGAAGAAUGUGAUUCGGAAGGAGACUUCUAUGGAAGUAAUUCCAGUGUAAAUAAGAGUACCAAAACCCAAACCACUGAAGGACACGCAAAAGAAAUGGAACCUAGAGGCUCCCCGUUCUUAAGCACAAAGGAUUCUAGUUCUAAGACUUCUCUGGUACUUGAACGCUGUUGUCUUUCCGCCCUGGCAAGCAAGGAAGAUGAAGAGUUCUGUGAGUUGUAUUCUGAGGACUUCUAUUUAAUAGAUGAUGACAGAGAAGACCAACAAUUGGAGAGUCUGCAGAAGAUAGAGGUACAAGAAGAAAUUUCUACAUUAAUUAGAAGUGAAGGUGAAUUUGAACUACCAGCACCACAAGCUAGGCUGCCGAUGAAGACGCUGUACUUUCUCACCAUGUUGAUCUAUGUUUACCUUAUACUUCCUCUCCCUAGUUACUUCAGUGGACUUUUCUUGGGAAUUGCUAUUGGAUUUAUUAUUGCUACCUGCGUAAUUUGGCUUUUUACACCAAGUGCUACAAAUAACAGGCGAUGUUCCAAUUGGAACAGCCAGAUUAAUGAAGAAGUUCUGGAUAUUGAGGAGCCUGAGAUAUUUAAGGGCUGGAUGAAUGAAAUCUACAGUUAUGAUCCAGAAACCUAUCACGCUACGUUGACUCACUCUAUUUUUGUGAGACUCGAAGGAAGCAUCCUGAGACUUUCAAAACCUAAUAAAAAUAUUUCCAGAAGAGCUUUUUACAAUGAAACCAAGCCAGAAGUUACCUACAUUAGCCAGAAAAUUUAUGAUCUUACAGAUAGUAAGAUUUAUUUGGUUCCCAAAAGUUUGGCUCGAAAACGAGUCUGGAAUAAAAAGUACCCAAUCUGCAUUGAGCUUGGGAGACAAGACAAUUUCAUGGCCAAAGUCCAGACUGAUAAAGACAUCUCAGAAGAAAAAAUCUCUAUAGAAAAAGAAAACCUAAGCAGUGAAGAAAUUUGGAAACCCUCUCAGGAUGGAGCAAAAUCUGGUACCCAGAAGAACCAAGUGCUUUAUUUAUUUGCAAGAACAGGUCGAGAGAAAGAGGAAUGGUUUAGGAGAUUCCUUGUCGCCCACAAAUUAAAAUCUGAAGAAAAAAAGCCUAUCUUCAUUUGGGGAAACAAGUCAGGCUCCUUGCCAGGACACAGUCGAUCCAAUAGCCAGUCUGGGAUUCUUACACACAGCCGCAGCAGCAGUAAAGGAAGUGUAGAAGAAGUCCUUCCUCAACCAAAGCUGAAGGAUCUGGGUCCCAACAUUAGACAGAAAAUACUUUUAGACUAUAAUGUCUACAUGGCAAGGUGCAUUCCACCAGAACACCCAAGCCCUAUGGUUAGUCCUGUUCACAGUGCUGACAGCAGCCCCACAGCUGUGAAAAAGUUGCUAACCUCCUCCCAUAGUGAAGAUGAGGAACAGGAAGCCUGGGUCAAUGCUCUGCUGGGAAGAAUCUUUUGGGAUUUCUUGGGAGAGAAAUAUUGGUCUAACUUGGUGUCAAAGAAAAUACAAAUGAAGCUCAGCAAAAUAAAGUUGCCAUACUUCAUGAAUGAAUUAACACUAACGGAAUUGGACAUGGGAAUUGCACUGCCAAAAAUCCUUCAAGCCUAUAAGCCUACCAUUGAUUAUAAAGGACUUUGGAUUGACUUGGAAAUACUGUACAAUGGAUCUUUUUUGAUGACCCUCGAGACAAAGAUGAAUUUGACCAAACUUGGGAAAGAACCGCUGGGUGAAGCAUUAAAAUCUGGAGAAUUUGGUAAAGAAGGUUUCAGGCCAAGGGCAUAUUACCUUGCAGACAGUGAUGAAGAAUCUUCUAGUGCAGGAUCCUCAGAGGAAGAUGAUGUUCCAGAAGCAUCAGGAAGUGAAAAGUCUUUAAUGGCAGGAGCAGAAGGGUAUGGGGGAGGGCACCGAACAAGUAAAAUAAUGAGAUUUGUGGAUAAAAUUACCAAGUCAAAAUAUUUCCAGAAGGCAACUGAGACAGAAUUCAUUAAGAAAAAGAUUGAGGAAGUCUCCAAUACACCCCUCCUGCUCACCGUUGAGGUUCAAGAGUGUAAAGGGAUGUUAGCAAUUAACAUUCCGCCCCCACCUACUGAUCGUAUAUGGUACGGUUUCCGAAGACCCCCUUACCUGGAGCUAAAAGCUCGGCCAAAGCUUGGUGAAAGAGAAGUGACUUUGGUUCAUGUAACUGAUUGGAUAGAGAAGAAACUAGAACAAGAAUUUCAGAAAAUUUUUGUCAUGCCAAACAUGGACGAUCUUUAUAUUCCUCUAAUGCACUCAGUCAUGGACCCCCGCUCAUCUAUGUGCCCUAUGAAAGUUCCUGAAGAAACCGAAUUGGAGCAGCCAUGAAAUGUGAAGACUGCAGUUUACAGUAUUAACAGAUGUUGUUUUCAUGUUCUCUUUCAAAUGAAACAGUCUAGCUGAUUUUUGUCCUUGUGCCAUGUCUUAUUUUUUUAAAGAUAAGAUCGCUUCUGCCAAUAAUUGCUCCAGUUAUGGCUCUCUAUUGACUUUAGAGCAUUAGUCCCAUUUCUGCUAGGGUUUAAAACCUAGUAGUUAAUAUGCACUCUUCUGCAGUAAACUAGGAAAAGAAAAUGCAACUAGCAGCAAUUGAUCCAACAGAUUUGAUCCACAUGAGAGUUCUUUAUGGAUGUGCAGUAAUUCAGGAUCCACCCUGAACACUGACAGUUUGUUUUAUCCAGCCAUAUGGAACUUGUUUUCAAUAAGGCACUAACAUGUCUAACUGGAAGACUUUCUCCUCUCAAGCAGCUGGAGAUACAAAUGGAAGCGGCAUGUUCUUCACUCCUGCAGUCCCAAUAGCUUGUGUCAAGCAAAUUUGGAAUGGUUUUCUGGAACUAAGAAUGUACAUUAGAUGUAUAGGUGAUAUUGUCAAUCCAUGUAGAUUAUGCCUAGUAACUUAUUUUUUUCAUAUGAAAUUGAGUUUCUUGGAAACAAGUAGCCAUAUAAAACAUGCAAACAUACAGAAUUGGUUUUAAGGGAUCUUGUGAUUCUUUAGAAAAAGAAACAAAUUAAGAUAAAGCCAUGAGACCAAACUACAGUAAGCCUUCUAGUUAGUGUGUUACAAUUGCAGAAUUUGUGAUUGAUGGCUUUCGGAAUUGACUACACAUGGAAAUGUCCAAGGCCAUGCAUGUACUCAUCGGAAAUGAUUGCAUGGAAGGAGCCAUUCACUUUCACCAACCAGAAUGUUCACAGCUGUUUUUGUUCCCAACUAUGUAGUGGAUCCUCUUUUUAUCCAUUUAAGAAGGUGCAAAUCCUGAUUACAGCUCAUGUUUUUUGUCAGUGUAGCUAAAGCACCUUGUAGGCUGGCUUGGUAUCCCUGUGUGAAAGUAACAACUCCAAAGCACUACAAGUGAGAAUGGCCAAGAGAACACUGCCUUGCUGUUUUUCUGUAUGGACUAAACACAUAAUACUGAAUCUCUUUUGAACACUACAUGAGCAGUGAGUGUUUCUUGAUACUCAGUAUUGCCAACUACUUAUGUUGAAAGAAUGUUAAUUUAGUUUACAAAGAAAGCAGGUGAGCUAUGGAGCUCACUUCGAUAGUAUACUAGGCUUUACGUAUUUUUAAGAUUUUUGUAUGUUGUUAGGUUCCUGCGUCCAAAUUUCUCAUGAUUUGCAAUCUCUAAAUGAAGCUAAUUGAAGUUGUUUUUUAAAAGCGCCUUGCCUGAAACAUAUUUAAAAUUUAGCAUUUAAUAUAUUGAUACCAUAUUAUUUGGACAACUAUUUUGUUACCUCAACUCUGGGACCAUUCCAUUUUAUGUACUAUUCUUCUCAUCUCUCAAUGAAAGCAUUUGCCUUCCUCUUAAAUCUGCAUGUCUUAUUCACAGCUCUUUUUCCCCCCUCUGUGCAAUAAGUCAAAAUACUAGAUGCACAAAUAUGUAAUCAGUUAUCCAGGUUUGGCACAAGUAAAUUCACUGCACUUCGUAAUCAGACUGUGUGGGUUACUACAGUGGGCUUGCUUUGUUUUUUCAAAUAAACUUAUCCCAUCUCAAAAA